AUGAGCGCGUUGCAGACCGAGCGACAGCAGCGACUUUACGCUUUCAAGGCUGAUGAUAGUAACCUCUUCGCCUUCCUCCUGACAACGCGCUCUGGUGGCAUCGGCGUAAACCUGCUACUGGGUCUCACCACUCAAGCGUCCGCUCGCGUGGACCCAGAGACACGUUGUGGAAUCAUGCCCUUUCGAAGAGAAUCGAUGGAGUUAGCGUUCUAUGAAGAAGACGACGAUGAGGAAGAGAAGAAAAUCGGGGAGCUAGUGGACGAGAGCAAGAACAGAGGAGUCACGACUGACAUGAAAAACACUCUGAACGCCUUACUGGACAAGAGCGGCAAGGUCGGAGCGAAACUCAAGAGAAGCCAUAUGAGUGGCCACACGCCGAACGACAUCACCGUGCGAGAAUUCCCCCUCCUACUACGACAAGUGGACAUUGCGGGCAAAGUGAUCGAUCUGGCCUUCCUGGACGGCUAG